AUGGACACAGCAGGAUCGAUAAACAAUGAGGAUUAUAAUAUAGAAAGCAUUGAGCAAGAAGAUGAUGCUGAUUAUUCGGAAGAACGGGAACUGGUGAAUGACUCGUGUUCCACGAAGGUGUUGGACCCUUCAGAGGAGCCUCGCGACCGCUACUGUCUCGUUUACAUUUUGUUUUAUUUAUUCGGGAUAACUUCGCUUGUUUCCUGGAAUUUCAUUAUAACAGCUAAUGACUAUUGGAUGUACAAGUUCCGAGAUGUCACACCAAAUAAUCUUACAUUCUAUGUUCGUAAGACUCAGUUCCAAGCUGAGUUUACAUCUUACCUCAACGUCGGCACUGCUAUACCCAACCUGAUAUUCCUCAUGCUGAACUCGUUUUAUGGACAUCUGGUAUCAGUAAAGGCGAGGCUCCAAGGUUCUCUUUUGGUGGUGACGCUAUGUUUUCUCAUCACCACGGCCUUCGUUCAAGUCGACACUGAUGAAUGGCAGAACACCUUCUUCAUCAUCACUAUGGUGACGGUUGUCGUGAUGACUGCCGCCAGCGCAAUCUUCAUCGGCAGUCUCGUCGGUAUAGCUAGCAAGUUCUCAAAGGAAUACAUGGGAGCAGUGAUGAGCGGUCAAUCAUUAGGCGGGAUAAUAGCUGCCAUAGCUCAAAUCAUAUCUUUAGCUUUCAAAAUCUCCCCGCUCCACAGCGCGCUAAUAUACUUUAUAAUGGCGGAUAUUAUACUUAUAGUAUCAGCUGUUUCCUACGUCCUAAUGAAUAAGAUAGAUUUUUUCUCCUACCAUAUUCUGCGAGGCUCUGGCGUAGCGACUAACAGACAUCGCGAUGUAUCUAUGCUGAUCAUAUUGAAGAAGAUUUGGGUGUACGCGUUCAGUAUUUUCGCGGUGUUUGGUAUAUCUAUAUGCGUAUACCCGGCUGUAACCGUUUUAGUGGAGUCGCAUCCCGUUACUACUGGCACCGAUUGGAACAACAUAUUCUUCGUGCCGGUCGUCAACUACCUGAUCUUCAACUGCGGUGAUUACUCCGGCAGGCUCGCCUCGGCAUUCCUCUUACGACCGACCAACCAGUGGGUGAUAGCGUCCCUGAGCGUGUUACGCGUGGUGGGCGUGCCUCUACUCAUGUUGUGUAACGCCCAGCCUCGCCAGCAUCUGCCCGUAGUGUUCCCGUGGGACUACCAGUACAUCAGCAUCAUGAUUGUGUUCGCGUUCACCAACGGAUACCUGACUAACAUCAUCAUGAUCAAUUCCACCAGAGUCGUUGAAAUUCACGAGCGUGAGAAAGCGUCAAGCGUGAUCGCCACCAUGCUGAGUGUCGGUCUGACGGCCGGCGCUGCGGUCGGUAUGCUGCUAGUGAGACUACUGUAA